CAUUUCAUUUCAUUGAGAUUCACAAACACAAUUUUCAUUUUGCUGCUUUUUUUCUUUUCUUCCACUUUCAUCAUUCAUGGAUUCUCUUCCUUCAGUAUCACCUUCCAUGGUCCUCCCUCCAACCAACCCCUUCCGCCGCCACACCCGCCGCCUUUCUCUCUUCUCCCGCCAUCUUCCUCCGAGACUCUUCUCUACACCGAGGGUCCGAACCAAUAGGAGAAAGGAAGUAUCGUGCAACGUCGUCGGCGGCGGAGGAGCAGAUGACGGUGGAAACGAGGAAGAGGUUGAGAAAGCGCUUCACAUGGAUGGAAAAAUUCCCGGUAGCUCCGACGAGUUCUUGAAGCAAGUUUCCUCACGUGCUUAUGACAUGCGUCGGAAUCUUCAUCAGUCCUUUGAUUCUAGCAGCUACGAUGUUUUAGAUGACAACCCUUGGAGAGAAACUUCAAAGCCUGUGUAUGUACUCACCCAAAAGGAAAACCAAUUGUGCACGAUGAAAACCCGGAGAAAUAUAAGCGAAGUUGAAAGAGAGCUUGGCUUAUUGUUUUCUAAAGGAAGCAACCGGAGAGCUGCAAUAGAAAAUCAGUCUAAACAAGCAAGGGGAGGGACAAAAUUUCCAAUGCAAGUAGAAGAUAUUAGAGAUGGAGUGCUGGUAUUUGAAGAUGAAAACGAGGCAGCCAAGUAUUGUGACUUGCUGCAAGGAGGUUGUGAGGGUGUUGCCGAGAUAGACGCCUCAUCGAUAUUUGAUCUUUGCAAGAAAAUGAGGGCUCUUGCAGUUCUAUUCCGCAGAGGGAGGACACCUCCUGUACCCGAAAGCCUUAAGCUUAAUCUCCGAGCUCGAAAACGGUCCCUUGAAGAUCAAGAUGAUCUGAUAUGAAAUUCAACUCCCUUGUGAUGGGAAAGAAGCGACUGUUUGUAUCUAAUUGUAACACCCAAAACAGUCAAAGGGAACAAAAAUGUGUAUAAUAGUAACAAAUUCAUUCAUCAGUAUAUAAAAAGUAUAUAGCAUGUAUAUUGUUACUCAA